AUGCCCAAACAUAUAAUAAGGAGUUCUAAUAAAAAACAAACUAAAAGGUAUAAGCAGAAAAAAUCAAAGAUAUCUAAUUCUACAACUAGAAAACUGGUUGCUUAUUAUUAUAAUCAAUAUAAUGGUAAAGAAGUUGAUUUAAGAAUGAGAAAAAGACAUAAUAAUCUCAAAGAACAGCUUGAAACCCAUUCUUAUACAUCAAAACAAACUGCCAAUAAAAUGCAUGAAGUUUUGAAUGUUUCUAAAAAAAACUCUAAACUAAUUGUAGUUGAUUCAUUAUCUUCUGGUUCAACAAGCUCAUCUGAUAAUAAUAAAGAAGUAAAUUGA